AUGUCGGACAAUGACCCAGAACCAACGAAGUCCAGCAGAAGUGAUGAGCUGCAACUCAAGUCUGAGACAACCACGAUCAAGCCGAAUGAGAGCACAACCUCAGACAACCAUGACGAGAUUAGAGUGCCUGCCGACAUGGCAAAACUCUGGCUGAAAGAUUCAACGCCGAACGACAACGGUACAGAGGUGAUUGGAGACAUCAUCGCUGUAAGACGACGGGGUGGUCCAAAAACAAAUUAUAACUACCUACUGACAUCAUCGAUAAGAAAGCCUCCCAGUACUGAGGGAGAAAAUCCGGAAGCUACCAAUGACUUACUAGAAUCAGGGAUCUGGUACUGGCCAAGUCGCGUUACACAAGAGGCGAAGAAAACUUGGAAUGGCCUAGAGAACAAAGUUUCUAUGCUAGAGCUGAACCUGGACAUCAAAAGUGAUCUGACUCGAUUUAGUGUGUUCUUAGUUCGCAUCGAUUCUGACAAGGUAAAUCCACUCUAUGGGGUUGCUAACUGGGAAUGGGAAGCAAUUGGAAAACCUCUAGACAUUAUAAGAUUUCACGCAAAAACGAAGAGCGCUGCUAUUGCACUUCCAGAAGUAACAGUGGACAACGCUGUUGCUGAUAGAAAGUCCAGUACAUCAUCUGAGAAGCAAAUGCUUGAGGCAAUUUUGCGACGAGCGAAGAAUUCGUCCGGCUGGUCCAUUUGCGGAAAGAACGACUAUGGCAUCUAUGAUCAGGAAGACUACCAGAAGGCAAGAGCACUUUCUCUUAAGACCGCAGCUGAAGUACUCAAAGCUGCCUUCAAUCACCACAUGGAACCAUGUAACUUGACCGAGAAGCAAGGAGAAGAUCUCAGUAGCAUCAGACUGCACUUUGUGGGACGCGUCGAUCCUCUUUCCCCUCCUUCGAGAUCAAGCGACAUCGCGCGAGAGGGACCCGAGAUAUUCCCAACGCUGAUAUUCAAAGAUGUCUUUGAUAAUCUACAAAGCUGGAGUGCCGAGAACUUGCUUGGCCUAAACCAGACAGAGCGGGAAGGCUUCGUCAACUCAAUUGUACGCCAAGCGCCUCACAUGUUACAUGGACGCCAUGGGGUCUUACCCCUUGUACUUGUUCUUAGGUCGGAGGAAGGCCUCAGAAGGGAGCUCCAGGCAUGCAACAUUCAGGUCGAGGAUGAGUGGUAUGAACGCUCUCAUCAGGAAAUCCUUCUCAUGCUCAGCACGUCGCUGAAAGACGAAUUUCCAGAACUAGAGGUUUCAGAGAUCCAUGCUACGUGGGAAAGUCUGAAGCGAAUAAUUCAGGCGAACGAUAACGAACAGAAUGCAGCAAUUAUCUAG